CCUGAUUCACAAACCCUCUUGUUGACUUGACGGAAUCUCCCCAUCUCUAUAUCACUCCACUCGGCCCAUUUUUCUCUAACCAACUCGACUCUGAAAUCACUUCCCAAUCCCAAAUCCCCUUAAUAUUAAACUGCAUCACCUCAAUCAAGCAAGCAACAGCUCGAUUACGUCAAGAUCACGUCCUGUCCCAUGGGACAGGACGUGAUCUUCUCCCGGAGCUUUGAGGCGUUCGCUUUUUAUCACGUAGACGAUUUGGAAAGUUCCGUGACAAGUUUGCCUGACACCGGAAAACCGGUGGCCCUCCGGAUGAGGCUUUUCUAAAUACGUGUAUACAUAACUGGAAAGCGUAUAGUACGUCACCGUACAGUACAAGAAGGACGGGAGGUACAGUCGAGCAGGUGAGACGGGGGACGGUCGGAUUUGGGGAUUCCUCGGUCCGGGAGCAGGUCAACUAAAACCCUUCGGAUCAACGGAAACCUUCUGAAUUUGAAUAGAGCGCAGAACGAGCCCCAAUGGCGAGCAGAUCGGCUUCCAACGUUCGCAGCCAGCCCUCGAGAUGUCGAAGGGUCGCGCGCAGAUUUUCCUUCUGACUCUCGCUCGGUACAGCUUCGGACUGCGAAAUUCCCUGCAGCGCCUGCAAGGCCCAAUCACUCCCUCGCUCGAUCUCUCUCUCUCUCCGGAGUUUCAGCGUGGCCGGUCGUCCUUGCGGCCCGAAUUUUUCUUCGGAACGGAAGGAGGGAGAGCUCCCGUGAAGUCUCGUCGCGUUUCAGUGCUCUACUCUCGUUUUUGGUGGCACAAUUUUUUUUUGGUGGAGUUCGGAAUGUUCCUGGGUCCAGAUUUGCGAGACCUUCGAUUGCCGUCCGCAGCUGGGCCGUGAAACAUGUUUGCAUGCCGUCUCGUAUGUGAAAGUAAUGGCAUGCAAUUAAGGCAGCUCCGUUUUCGAUGCGUCCUUUCCUUCACGGGAAAGCAGCAGUCGUUCUGGGUUUCAAGAGAUCGAUUCGACGCUCAAGAGAUCCACACACUCGGUUCAUCAAAGGCUCGUGAGCGAAUUGGGCACGGUACAACAAGAGGAUGAUGUGCUAGGAAUGACGUCAAAACGCUGGAAGCUCUGAAGUGAAGUGAUCGAAGCGAAGCCCGAAAACCUAACUAAAAGAGCCAUUAGAAAGGUACUGUACAUGUAUUUGCUUUCGAGUACGGUGCAAAAUUAGCUGAGAUCGGUCAAAAUGGUCGGAGAGCAGGACGAUGAGGAUUAUGCACUCGGACAAUCUGGAACGACGGACCUCCCGAGCCGAGCAGUUCUCUCUUUCUCUCUCUCGUGGAAGGAUGUAACCCAAAAUCUCCACAUGUUGCCUCCCGGCAGCUGAGAGAUAUCAAUGCAUGAUCGCAUGUUGGAUCACAAUGACAACGACAUGGAAAAAGGCCCUGAAUCUCUGCCGGGGCCUGCAUGGUGUCAUUGCUGUGUGGUCUCGUGGGUCAGGAACUGGUAAACAGCAAGAGCAGCCUGCCACUGUCACAGAGAAAAGAGGAGAAUCCCAUGAAAUGUAGGUACGAAUAAACAUCUGGAGCCCGAGGAAACGAUUUAUCAACCAAACGGUCGUUCUUCAUAGACCAUGAGAUCCAUGGCAGGCGUUCAAAAAGUUGGGAGGAGGUGGCGGGCGGUUGGUCAGUGGAUCCAAGCCAUGUUGGGCCAGAUUGAGAUGGGGGUGGGGGUGGGGGGCAGCCUUGACGCUGUUCCAAACACACCUGGAGAUGGUGAACGGUCAGCUUGUCCGCUGAUUCUGUGCAGAGGAAAAAGGUUCAAUUUGGUACGUAGAGGUCGUGGACUGACAAACUCCGGGCACGACUCGGAAUAAAAGGAACGGCCAUCGUGCCGCACCGACAUGCACAUGACUUCCGUCACAUCGUCUGGCACGAAGAAAACCUCCUCGCCCUCAACACUCCUGCAAUGAGCAGCAAGUCACAACUUUACGUGACAGCAGCAGCAGCAGCAGCCGAAGCAUUUUCAUGAAAUUUCUCCGUGGCAUUUAUGAGCCUCGUCUCUGACCUUUGACUUCUCCUCGAAUACAACCUUUUCUUUGUUCACAUACGAAUACUCGUUCGUCCUCGCAGGAAUCCAUUCCUCGUAAGAAUUUUGACCUAAAAAUUCUUUCGCAGGGACUCUCGAGUUCCAUCGACACCACGUCGGUUCAGGCUUCAUACUCUCGUCAAUCCUCGUAGGGUUUGAUUCAUAAGGCUUCCGGACCAACCGAGAGGAGUAUGCUCUUGCAUUCUCUCCCCAUCAGCUUCAUUCCCCAAUUGUUCCCCAAUUGUUCUUGCUAAUAGUCUUGGCUCCAUUGUCUGUUGGUCGUCCUAGCCUGCUCGCUGAGACUCCUUCCACUCUCUUCACGCCAGCGAAGGCGAAGGAUUUUUUCUGGCUCGUGAGAAGUUGGUGUACUCUUUAGAAUUUCAUUCAUUGCUAAAAGGGAAGAUAUCACAUGCAUGCUGCUGGCAGUAAAGGCGCACGCAAUUCACUGGGUCGGAGUUUUGAUGUUUGCCACCACCAUCGCACAGUCGCGCAAUCUUCCUCGUCGUCGUCGUUUGUAUCUUACAUGAUUGGUUUCGUAACGUAUGAUAAUCGUAUAAUGAAUUUGGUGCUUUUACGGUACGUACAGUGAUCAAUAUCUCCAAUAUCUCUAAGGGAAGCUGACCUCAUACUCUUUUCUCAACUGCUCAAUACAUGUAUACGAUACGAUAUGUACUUCUGGAACACUGUAACACACAGUAGAGUAUUAUCGUGAGGCGUAAAAUCUAUUCAGAG